AUGGCAAUUCAAAAGGUCUACAGGAUUGGCGUCGACGUCGGCGGGACGAAUACGGACUGUGUUAUUCUUCACCCCGGCGAGGCGCAUUUGCCCGAUCGUGGGAUUCGCAGUGCGUUCAAGACGCCAACCACCGCAAAUGUCACCUUGGGCAUCACCAAAGCCAUCGAAGGGGCCAUAGCGAAAUGCGGCAUCCCCUUGGAGGCUGUGGCGGCGGUCAUGAUCGGGACAACACACUUCAUCAAUGCUGUUGUCCAGGCAGACGACCGGAAUCUCAGGAAGGUUGCCGUUCUGAGAGUCUGUGGGCCAUACACGAAAGAGAAUCCUCCUUUUAUGGAUUUCCCACCGAUCCUGGAGCGCAUCAUGAACGGUCAUGUCGGUUACUUGGACGGUGGCCUCGAAUUCGAUACUCGUGAAAUCAUGCCCCUCGACGAGGCUCAAGUGCGAAAGGAAUGCCAGGCCGUCAAGGCAAAAGGGCUCUCUGACGUUGCCGUUAUCGGAGUCUUUUCACCUCUCGAUAUUUCCGGUAAACAAGAGGCGAGAGUCAAGAAGAUCAUCCAGGAGGAGCUCCCAGAAGCAGAUAUCGUCUUGUCCCGAGACAUCGGUCAACUUGGCUACCUCGAGAGAGAAAAUGCCACCAUUUUAAACACGUCCAUUUUGAAGUUUGCUCGCAAGACGAUUCGCGGCUUCAAAACGGCUAUUCGAACAUUGGGUCUUUCGUGUCCGCUCUUCCUGACGCAGAACGACGGCACCAUCAUCGAUGCCGAUGCUGCUGAGAAAUGCCCCAUCAAGACCUUCUCCAGUGGUCCGACCAACUCCAUGUCUGGAGCGGCAUAUCUGGCUGGUCUCGAUACUGAAGAGAAGAAGAUCCGAAACGCCCAAGUAAUCGUUGCAGAUGUUGGUGGAACCACUACCGACGUGUGUGCCCUGUUGCCUUCAGGCUUUCCCCGCCAGGCUGGCACUUGGGUAGAGAUUGGUGGUGUUCGGAGCGCCUUCUCAAUGCCCGAAGUGCUGUCUGUCGCUCUCGGUGGUGGUACGAAAGUCGAAGAGCGGGAUGGCAAAGUCCACGUUGGACCAGAGUCUGUCGGUCACAGACUUCUCACCGAAGGUCUUGUCUUUGGUGGCAAUACAUUGACCACCACGGAUAUUGUUGUUGCCAGUGGCCACGCAGAUAUCGGCGACAAGUCCAGGGUCAAAGAUGUCCCCAAGGAUAUCAUCACAAAGGCGCGCCUUCGCGUCAAGAAGAUCCUGGAAAACGCCGUUGAUGCUAUGAAACUGAGUGCAGAUGACGCCGUCGUGAUCCUCGUUGGUGGUGGCAGCAUCGUGCACAUGGAAGACCUGGAUGGCGUGGGAAAGAUCAUCCGUCCACCAUUCCACGACUGCGCCAACGCUGUCGGAGCGGCAAUUGCAAAGAUCUCAGGACAGGUCGACGUUGUCAAGGUGCUAGAAGGCCUUGAUGAGGACAAGGUGGUCGAAGAAGUCUGCACGGAUGCGAAGAACAUUGCCAUCGCGUCUGGUGCGGAUCCAGAGUCGGUCACGAUUGUCGCGAUCGAGAACAUGCCCUUGCAAUACGUCCAGAUGCGUGCAUCUCGGAUUGUCGUUAGAGCUGCUGGAACUUUGAACCAGAAAGCCCUCCUCCAUUAUGUUCCGACCGAAAGCUCCGAAGACAUUGUGGCACUCCAGGAAGUCCUCGAGGAGCGUGUCUCCGCUAAGACGAACGCUGAGAAAGACCCCAAGGACUUCCUGGUGAGUCCCUCAGCUUCGAUCGACAUUCGCCAAUACAAGCCCGAGGUUGACAAGAACGGCGUAUGGUGGGUGUCCGAGAUCGACUGCGAGUUUUUGGCCACGGGUUGUAGUACCCUCGCAUGUGGCGGUGGAGGACCCGGCUAUAUGUGCUACAUGGCGGCCAGAGCAGCAAUCAAAGCCGGCGAGCGCUUGCCGGUAGUUGACGCUGAGGCCUUACCUGAUGACAUUUAUGUCCUCGGUAGUAUUUCAUACGGUGCCCCGACUGUUACCCUGGAGCGUAUCCCCAGCGGUACAGAGUCCGUGGACGCCACCGACGCUCUCCUGAGCUGUUUCCCCGGAAUCAAGAUGGGAGCCCAGAUUGCGCUCGAAAUCGGAGGAAUGAACGGCAUUCGUCCACUUCUUGUCGCAAAUAGCUACGGGGGUAUCCCAACCAUAGACGGCGAUUACAUGGGAAGAGCCUAUCCACGGCUCGGCCUGGACACUCCUGCCCUAUUUGACUUCCCCCUUUCGCCCUGCACGCAGAGUGACGGCAUGGGCAACGUCGUCACCGUCCACAAGGCGGCGUCAACGGAGAAGCUCGAGAAGAUCCACCGCAAGGCAGGCCAGGAACUGGGUCUGUUCUCGCAGAUGGUCUGGCCGCCCAUGUCGGUCAAAGACACCAAGAUAAUGGGCACAUUAGGCACCACCUCUUUGGCAUGGUAUAUCGGCCGAGCCGUGUACCUCGCCAAGCAAGAGAAGACGGAUAUCAUGAAAGCCAUUAUCGAAGCAAAUCCUUCCGGACGUGUCUUGUACACGGGCAAAAUCGUGUCCGUCAACCGAUACGUCUCAGCGGGUGGCUACACGGAAGGUACCGUGCGUCUCAAGCCCAUUGCCAGCGACGAGAUGGAAUACGGAGACACGGCCUCGGCAGAGACGCGCGACAUGAUCCUACCGUUCCAGAACGAGUAUCUCUACGCCGAGCUUGUCGAGCCGGAUGCGCCAAAGGGCACCAAGGGCGAGAUUCUGUGCACCGUUCCCGACUUGAUAUCGCUUAUUGGCACGGACGGAUAUGCGCUGGGAACCCAGGAUCUACGAUACGGUGUGCGAGUUAGUGUGGUAGCGUUCGUUGCUCACCGGCAUUGGUAUACACCAAGAGGUAUUGAAACCGGAGGCCCGAAAGCAUUUGGUUACGAUAUGGACUUUGUCCCGCUCGGUACGCCAUAUUACGAGCCCAAGCGGGUGACCAAGGAGUUCCGCCCUACGUCAUGA